GUCCAAAGUCCACGCCUGAGGACCAGGUGAUCUGUCUGCUGAAUAUAAAAGCAACCUCUUAGCAGACACCUUUGAGACCACUUCAAUUAAGGACUCGCUCACAAACACAGACCCACAUCAGUGACCGCAGUGAUAGGGGCUGCUGUUUAUAGCAGCACUGGAAGACUGACUUGUUGUUUGUGCAGCUCAUCAUCCGAAGAGUGAUUUUUCAGGGACGAGGACGAGACGUCUGGAUAUCAUUACAAAAUUCUAAAUAAUGGACUUGCUCCACAGCUCUGGUGUGAGCAUUACAUCCUACCUGCAGACCCACUACAGCCACAGCCAGGGCUACUUCCUGUUAGUCUCCAUGGCAACAGACCUACACAGCACCUUCUUCCUGUUGUUCCCCAUAUGGUUCCAUGUACAGCAAGCUGAGGCGGUCAAACUGGUGUGGGUGGCAGUGGUGGGAGACUGGGUUAACCUGAUGCUGAAAUGGCUUCUGUUUGGAGAGCGUCCCUAUUGGUGGAUUCAAGAGACCGGUUACUAUGGCAACUCCUCCCAGCCAAUAAUAGAGCAGUUCCCCAUGACCUGUGAGACUGGACCAGGAAGUCCGUCAGGCCACGCCAUGGGGGCUGCAGCAGUUUACUACACCAUGAUGUCAUCACUCCUCGCCACCGUGCUGAAGAGAGAAGGACAGCGAGUCAGGACGUGGUGUGUGCGUGGCUCACUGUGGACACUGUUCUGGUGCGUGCAGGUGUGCGUGUGCCUCUCCAGGGUCUUUGUUGCGGCUCACUUUCCACAUCAGGUCAUCACAGGAGUUAUCAUAGGCAUCCUGGUUGCAGAAUCCCUCGGCCGGGCCCGGCUGAUCUUCGAGGCCCGCCUGCGCUCUUACCUCCUCAUCUCUCUGCUUCUUCUCUCCCUGGCUCUCCUCCUGUACCUGUGCCUCCAGCUGGUGGGCAUCAACCUCCUGUGGAGUGUGGAGAAAGCACAGCGCUGGUGCCGCCGAGCAGAGUGGGUCAGCAUGGACACCAGCCCCCUGGCCAGCCUGUUCAGAAACACUGGGACUCUGCUGGGCCUGGGCUUGGGGCUCCACUCUCCUCUGCACGCACACGCCAGCAGAGCGGCAGUCGGCAGGGGGACUGAUGGCGCCAUCUACAGGUUCAUCUGUUUAAGUGCAACUCUGGUAUUGCUGCAGUUGUUCGACUCUGCUUUUCGGCCUCCCGUCUGCAUCGGAGCUCUGUUCUAUCUGCUGUCGUUCUGUAAAAGUGCCACGGUGCCUCUGGCUACUGUGGCUAUUGUUCCCUACUGUGUGACUGCAGCACUGGGAUACAAGGUGGAGAAGCUGCUAUGA